CUCUUCUUCUAUCCUUCUCGUCCAUCUUGUGCGUGGGUGUGGCGGGGUGGAGAGAGCGAUAGUGAGAGAAAGUCCUUGGUAAUGGUUGCCCCUUGGGUGCUUUAGGGAUUCUCGUUGUAGUUCUUCUUCUUUUUGGUGGGUCGGAGUUCGAGGGGGAGGAGAGAUGGCCGGGGACAAGGCGAUUAGCUUGGAUGAGAUCAAGAACGAGACCGUUGAUCUGGAACGCAUUCCGAUCGAGGAGGUUUUCGAGCAGCUGAAAUGUACUCGGGAAGGUCUCUCGUUGACCGAGGGGGCCAAUCGGCUCCAAAUCUUUGGCCCCAACAAACUCGAAGAAAAAAAGGAGAGCAAAAUUCUCAAAUUUCUGGGGUUCAUGUGGAACCCGCUCUCGUGGGUGAUGGAAAUGGCCGCCAUCAUGGCCAUCGCCUUGGCCAACGGCAGUGGAAAGCCCCCAGACUGGCAAGACUUCGUUGGUAUCGUUGUGUUGCUCGUGAUCAACUCCACCAUCAGUUUCAUCGAAGAAAACAACGCCGGCAAUGCUGCCGCCGCUCUGAUGGCUGGCCUUGCCCCCAAAACGAAGGUGCUCAGAGAUGGCCGCUGGAUGGAGGAGGACGCAGCGAUUCUGGUUCCUGGUGAUAUUAUCAGCAUAAAACUUGGAGAUAUCGUCCCUGCCGAUGCCCGCCUCCUCGAAGGAGAUCCUUUGAAGAUUGACCAAUCUGCGUUGACCGGAGAGUCCCUCCCUGUCACUAAGAACCCCGGAGAUGAGGUGUUCUCCGGGUCGACCUGCAAGCAGGGUGAGAUCGAGGCCGUUGUCAUCGCCACCGGUGUGCACACUUUCUUCGGGAAAGCGGCCCAUCUCGUUGACAGCACGAACCAAGUCGGCCAUUUCCAGAAGGUGCUCACGGCCAUUGGGAAUUUCUGCAUCUGCUCUAUCGCGGUUGGGAUGAUGGUGGAGAUCGUCGUCAUGUACGCGAUCCAGCACCGAAGAUACAGGGAUGGGAUCGACAAUCUCUUGGUCCUCUUGAUCGGAGGUAUUCCGAUCGCUAUGCCCACGGUCUUGUCGGUGACCAUGGCCAUCGGGUCCCACAGGCUCUCUGAGCAAGGCGCCAUCACGAAGAGGAUGACUGCAAUAGAGGAGAUGGCCGGCAUGGACGUUCUCUGCAGUGACAAGACCGGGACGCUAACCCUCAACAAGCUGAGCGUUGACAAGAACCUCAUCGAGGUCUUUGCCAAGGGUGUGGAUAAGGAACAUGUGGUCUUAUUGGCAGCGAGAGCAUCAAGGACAGAGAAUCAAGAUGCCAUUGAUGCUGCCAUGGUCGGGAUGCUUGCGGACCCAAAAGAGGCGAGGGCAGGUAUCAGGGAAGUUCAUUUUCUUCCUUUCAACCCCGUCGACAAAAGAACUGCUCUCACCUACAUUGAUGCUGAUGGCAACUGGCAUCGUGUGAGCAAAGGUGCUCCAGAACAGAUUUUGAGCCUUUGCAACUGCAAGGAAGACGUCAGGAAUAAGGUUCAUUCUGUUAUUGACAAGUUUGCUGAACGCGGGUUGCGAUCACUAGCUGUUGCGAGACAGGAAGUUCCAGAGAAGUCCAAGGAGAGUCCAGGGAGGCCAUGGCAAUUCGUUGGUUUGUUGCCUCUAUUUGAUCCUCCAAGGCAUGACAGUGCGGAAACUAUUCGAAGGGCUCUCAACCUUGGUGUCAAUGUGAAGAUGAUUACUGGUGACCAACUUGCCAUAGCUAAGGAAACAGGUCGAAGACUCGGAAUGGGAACCAACAUGUACCCUUCCUCUUCAUUGCUUGGCCAAAAUAAGGAUGCAUCAAUAGCUGCACUUCCCGUAGAUGAACUAAUAGAGAAGGCUGAUGGGUUUGCAGGGGUGUUUCCAGAGCACAAGUAUGAAAUUGUGAAGAAGUUGCAGGAGAAGAAGCACAUUUGUGGAAUGACUGGAGACGGAGUUAAUGAUGCCCCUGCUCUCAAGAAGGCUGAUAUUGGGAUUGCUGUUGCUGAUGCUACAGAUGCCGCUAGAAGUGCUUCUGACAUUGUCCUCACUGAACCUGGUCUUAGUGUGAUCAUCAGUGCCGUGCUUACCAGCCGUGCUAUUUUCCAGAGGAUGAAGAAUUACACUAUUUAUGCUGUCUCCAUCACCAUUCGUAUCGUGCUUGGAUUUAUGCUUAUUGCACUAAUAUGGAAGUUUGACUUCUCACCUUUCAUGGUUCUGAUCAUUGCCAUUCUAAACGAUGGAACAAUCAUGACAAUCUCGAAGGAUCGAGUGAAACCAUCUCCAAUGCCUGAUAGUUGGAAGUUAAAAGAGAUCUUUGCUACCGGCGUUGUGUUUGGCAGUUAUUUGGCACUGAUGACUGUUAUAUUCUUCUGGGCCAUGAAAGAAACUGACUUCUUCUCUGAUAAAUUUAAGGUCAGAUCACUGAGGCAAAGUGAAGAUGAGAUGAUGUCUGCUUUGUACCUGCAAGUUAGUAUUGUUAGUCAGGCACUUAUUUUUGUUACUCGAUCACGCGGCUGGUGUUUUAUUGAACGCCCUGGACUUCUCUUAGUCAGUGCCUUCAUUAUUGCUCAACUUGUUGCAACGCUUAUAGCUGUCUAUGCUGACUGGGGCUUUGCACGGAUAAAAGGUAUAGGAUGGGGAUGGGCUGGAGUUAUCUGGCUAUACAGUGUUGUUUUCUUCUUCCCUCUUGACUGGUUCAAAUUUGCCAUCCGCUACAUUUUGAGUGGAAAGGCAUGGGAUAACCUCCUGGAGAACAAGACUGCAUUCACUACCAAGAAGGAUUAUGGUAGGGAAGAAAGGGAAGCUCAAUGGGCUAUGGCACAACGAACUCUGCAUGGACUCCAACCUCCUGAAACUGCCAAUAUCUUCUCAGAGAAGAGCAGCUAUAGAGAACUUUCAGAGAUUGCUGAGCAAGCCAAACGACGAGCUGAGAUUGCAAGGAUUCGGGAGCUGAAUACUCUGAAGGGUCAUGUAGAAUCAGUGGUCAAGCUCAAGGGGCUUGACAUCGACAACAUCCAGCAGCAUUACACGGUGUAAUGGGAGCAGGCAUUCCGAGCAUGGAGCAAGAGGAAGACCUUUCUGUUUUUAGUUAGUAUAGUGUCUUCGAGGCCUGCAUAAUUGCUAUUGUAGUCGUUCUACUAGUUUUCUUUCCGAACUCCUUCCAUGUCACGCGAGCCAGGAAAAUGGCCUUUCUGCUCGACUUUGAUGCAGAUAUAAAUCAAAAUAAUAGGAGUCUCAUUUUCUUUCUGCUUCA